ACUUGUUAUUGUCUAUGGUAGGUAAUAUGCAUCGAUGUCGCGUUGCCCUUGACUCCAUCCGAUUACUGUUUUUAUAAAGUUCUUUGCAUAAAAUCCAUAAUAACUACUUAGUGAAUAUAUUCCUCAUAUAUAACAAGUGUUCUGGAGUGCUAAUUCUGUGUUACUUAGUUGGUGUUGUCGUGAAAUUGUGUGGCGUCACCUGACCGAGCUCAUUGUCAUUUCCCGCCAUUGUGGCUCGUGUAUAAACUGAUUAUUACUAUUUUUCUUCGAGUGUAUCCUCUGUUUUAGAUGAGGAAUAAGUAAAUAUUACAAGUGAGUUAUGUCAUUACACGGUAAUGAUGUUUGUUUACUAGAAGUAGAAGAUUACAACUUGUACGAAGAAGAAGCAUCGGAUCACGCUUUUACAAGUUCUGAAAAGCACGCAACUUCUGGAAGCAAGACAAUGGAGGCUGAAAAACGCAUUAGACGAGAAAUUGCUAACAGCAAUGAGCGCAGAAGAAUGCAGAGCAUUAAUGCUGGUUUUCAAGCUUUGCGCACAUUGCUGCCAAGGCAUGAGGGUGAAAAACUGAGCAAAGCAGCUAUAUUGCAGCAGACAGCGGAGUAUAUCUACAAUCUUGAGCAAGAAAAAACAAGACUACUGUCACAAAACUGCCAGUUAAAAAGACUAUUGAAUCAACAUGAAGGAGGUGAAAUACCACUUAAGAAAAGAAAAAAUGAUAUUCUUAACCACAUACCUCCAGUGAUACCUCCGGACUCUACAGAUGAUACUGUAACUAACUCAAGAUCACCUGAACCUGUUGCUGUUAUUACUGUUUCUAGUGUGCCACCGAAAAAGGACCAGGAAAGUGGAGAGCUUAGAGUUCAACUGGAACAAGAGCGACGACUGCGCCGACUGCUUGAGGAGCGACUCCACACUCUGGAAACUCAAAUGUACCCUGACACAGGCCGUGAACAUACACGCUCCAUUGUACAUUUUGAGCAAACUGACAUUGCUGAUUGCAAACUUGAAAGUGAGGAAGUGGAAACGCAGGUUGUAGAAACUCCAGUGGUGGCAACACCAUUGCUGGAAGCUGCUAUAAAAGCAGAACCAAGAGUGGAGGUGGAGGUGCUACCUGACGCCAACCAUGACACAUCAUCAAGGCUGUACCUGGCAAGCACCAGUCGACAAAACCUGGAGACCAUUGUGGAGGCCAUUCGGCACCUGGAAGGCGACCACCUAUUCCGCGAAGAGGCGGGCGAUGCGCCACUGGCGCUGACCAAAAAAGAACGCGCGCCGCCACCGCGGCCGGGCGUCAUUGUGGUCAAGCAUUCGUGAUCACAUUGAGCGCGUAUUAGACUUUCAGCUCGUAAUUCGCUUCCGCUUAGCGAGCACUCCAGACCCUCGAAUAUAGUUUUAAAUUUUUAGUUCUUUAGUUGUAUUUUCCAAAGUGACGAAUCGAUAAGUCUGUGUCUUUGUUUAUUUUUACGCAUUGAAAUCGAAAUGUUAGCGUUAGUCAGCUGAAAGCGUGGUCGCGUUGGUCGAUAGACGCUUAGUCUCAAAUGUAAUUAUUUUAAUGUUAAAUGUUAUGUUACUCUUGCUUAUUGUGUUGGUUAUGUGUUGAUGGGACAAGGAGUGACUGAUUUGUGUAAGUUUAGAUGAAGAUUGGUAACAGUGCGCCGCGUGCUCGUUUGAUUUGAUGACAUUAAACUGUUAGUGUGUAAAUGAUCAUGUAUAUUAUAAUUUUAACUAUUGUGAAAUAUUUUGUGAAAUGAAAAAGACAGAAAAUAUAUCCCAAUUAAAAAGUCUAUCAAGAGCAAUAAUGCAGAUGAUACUGAGGUUUUUUCCCUCAUUUAAAUUCUAAUUAUUUUUUUUUUUAUAUGUUAAACAUUCUGUAACAUUUUGCCUGAACUUGAGAAAAUGAUGACAUAAGUCAUUUGCUUUGCUAUUUCUAGUAUUCUUAAAUAACAAGCUUAUCAUGUUUAGGGACUAAUUGUUAGCCACAAGUAUAAAAAUGACAAUGUUCUUUAAAAUGAUGCUUUGGCUUUGAUGGAGUGUACAGUAUAAUGGCAUGUGGCUAAGAGACAUUUUGUAUUUUACAGUUUUGGUUAAUUUUAUUUCCUACAGUUCAGGAUAACAUAAAUGGAGUAUGUAAUUUAUUUCUUUUAUUUGUUAAAUGCGAACAAUACUCGUCGUCACUUAGCUAAGACAAUUAUUUCAAAUUUAUUGUAAUUUAUUAAGAAGUGGUGUAGGUUGUAUGUAACCUACAGAUAUAAAUAUUACUCCAGUUUUGCUACUUAAUAUUUGUUCAUAUACUCCCAGUGCGUUGCUUGUUUCUUAUCAAAUUUAGUAAAUUAUUAAGGCAGUAUUUGUCAAUGUUAGGAAAUAAUAGAGACAGAAAUGUUAGAGCAUUCCACGUUCGUGAAUUCUCCUUAAAAAGUUAUUCUACAUAUUGAAAUGUAGCUGAUUAUAUGAAUCAAUGUAGUAUAUAUUGUAUACUAUAUUCAAUAACAAAUAGUGUAAUUAUGUACUUCUUUAUGUAAGUAAUGAUUCAUUUGAAACUACUUUUUAGCUAAUCUACUAGGAAUUAUAUCUAUACAUAUUGUUAAAAACCUUUGAUGGUAUUUCAUGGAGCUAUAACUUAACAAACGAUACAAAAACGUAUAAGCCGGUGUCACAUAUUUCUGAUAUGGGUUUCUACAUAAUACCAAAUAUGGUAUUACUAUUAUUAUUAAUGUUCAGUUUUUACAUAAUACUUUAACUACAUACAAAUGUAGGAUCCAAUGACUAUAGCAUUGAAUUAUAAUUGUAUACAUUAUAUGUGAAGAUUAAGGUAUGCAUACUUUAAUCUUCACAAAUAAUACAUAUUUUAUGAGCUCCAUCAAUUCUUGUACUGUUCUUGUAAAACGGUGCAGUGUCAUUCAUUGCAUCAUUCAAUAUUUACAAGAUUAAAAUAACAGCAUAAUAGUUUAAUAAUGUAUACAAUUGGAAUUAGCAACAAUACAAUUAUUUGCAUUGUUUUUUUAAAUGUUGAUGUAUUGAUUGUGAAUUCCAUAGGUUUCAAAUUAUAUAACUCACAAGAGCCACAAGUAUAAAAUAUUUGUUGUAAUAAAAAAUAGUUUCAAUUGACAUUCGUUUUAUAUAGUAUCCAAAUUAGUAACUUUAUUUACCUAAUUAAUAAUCAAAUACAUUUAGAUAUAGUAGAAAAAAGUAGGCAUCUCUUUUAGUGACACAAAUGACGAUGUAAUCGUCAGCGAUUCGAAUCUAUGGGAUAGAGUAAACAACAACCGUGAUUCACUUUUUACUCUAUAAACUCUAGAUGCACGAAUAUUUUAAUAAUAUGAUCCUUGUGUUACUUAGGUAAUAUAGUUAUACACAGUGAUUGAUUAAUGCUUGCUUCAAUGUGCUGUCAUUUUUGUUAAAAAUGUAAUAUGUGCUUUUUGUUAAUAUUGUCUCUAUAAGUUUUGAGUGUGUAUUCUAUAUUUUAAGUUGACUCAGCGACAGAGUGAGCUUGACAACUGACAUGUGCAUCAGAAAAGUACUGCAGAAUGAGUCUCGUAAGGAGACACGAAUUUUAAGACUGAUCGUUUAUUUUAUUCAUUAUUAAGUUAUGCUAGUUGAAGUCAUCAUUAUGAUAGUAUAAGUAAGUGUGUGUAUGUGUGUUUCUUUAUGUAGCUAUUUAUAUGUAUGUACGUCAGCGGGGACAAUAGGUUCUCAUUGCCUUCAGAUUUACAGAAUUAUCUUCACAUGCUGCCUAUAGAAACCUGUAAUGCUCGCGUGUACGCGCAUUAUUUGUCUGAAUCUAUAGCAGAUUUAUGAAGACUCUAAAUCUGUAGGCAUGUCGAUAACGUAUUCAUUAUAGAGCUAAACAUGCGCUUUUAAACGCGAUCCAUUUUUCAUUUACUUGGUACAAUAACGGGCUCUAAUUUCGAAAUUAAUAUUUCAUUUUUACAUAUCCAUUUGACGAAUUGUUAAUAUUAUUUUAACUUUGUUUAUAUGUAAAAAAUGUGUAGCGUAAGUGUCGUUCCCAGUGAUUCUCAAUAAUUUUAAUUUUCCCCAUUAUUUUUUUAAUUGUUUGUAAUUAUUAUAGCAUUAACAAAAUUAUAAAAAAUCAUAUUUAUAUUGAUUACUAUUGUGACAUAUUGUGUUGUAGAAAUAAUAUUGGUUUCUGAAUUGGCAGCCCUGUAUGCUAACCACUCUCUUCAUUUCCGAAGCUCAUUCCACACUCUGUUUCUGAGUCCGUAAUAUUAAAGUUGUCUGCCUACCGCCUUUACAUUAAUGUCAUUAUAGAAUAAUUAUUAACUAUGUAUGAUAACGGUCUUGGUUAUACUACUAGUGUAGUCAAAAAUAGACGUAAGAGAUAUUAAGUCAAAGAAACAAGUUAAAUUGUUUAAAAUGUGUUAUUAUUUAUGUCUUAAAGUAUUAAAACAGUUAUUUCUUAUUAAUUAGUUUGUAAAUGAUGUUCAUCUGUAUUUUUAAUCUACUUUCUUUAUUGAAUGCUGCUAAAACCAAUAAAACAUUUCAAUUUAAUUCUUCAAGUCGUAUAGUAGUACCUUAUAUAUAUUUUCUUUGGGACAUGCAAAAUUGGGAUAAAAAUAUUGCAAAAUGUAAGAUUGUUUUACUCUGUUCUUAUAGCGCUGGAUGUCGAGAAAUGAGUAAUUUACUUAUUUUAAACAUUAUUACAUUAUGUUAAGUAAAGCAUCAUAAACAUGAUGCAUUUCUAUGUAUGUGCCAUGUUUUAUUGGUUUUAUGUAAACUUCAGUAAUUAUAUUUCCAUUUUCUACACUCUAUCGCAUUUACUGAUGAUUUUGUGUUGUACAACCCGACGCGAUAUAUUUUAGAAAUUGCGACUUUCGUUUGAAUUUGAUAUUGCAUUUAUAAUAAGUUAUUUUUAUCAAAUUUUACAUUUGAGUUUACAAGUUAGUGAUGGGGUGAAAGUAGUUAAAAAAAUACAAUUUAAAUUUGCAAAUAUAGAAGAGAAAUAAUUUUAUUGUACGAGAAAUAUACAUACAUAUAAUACAAUUAUUUAACAAAUGGUCUACCUUGCCUUGUACCUAGACCUACAUUUAAGGUUAGGUAAUGUUCAUUCUGGAAAUGGUUAUUUCACCCUAUUGCUAACAGGUAUAGUAUGUUCCUAAAAUAUAUAGUGUUAUGACAUAUUUCUUACAAAUAAGGUAAUAAAUAGUAAUGAUAAAGUGUAGAAAAUAAUGCAUGGAUGUUUCCAUUUUGAUAUGAAAUUGGUAAAAAUAAUAUUUCCUCUGAUUUUAAUUAUAUGUACCACAUUUGAACUAUAUUAAUUACCAAUAUUUAUAAAAUAUUGA